AUGUCGCUUAAUCAGCCAGAGCGAUUCGUUGAUACUUCACAAUGGAAUAUACCCUCAGAGAUUGACCUUGCAGAUCCAGGCUUCUACAUGCCUCACCGAAUUGACCUACUCAUCAGCACACAAGAGUUUUUUGAUUUGCUUUCAAAUGGCAAAAUUUCUUUGGGUCCAGGCCUUCCUUGCCUGGUCAAUACUGCACUUGGUUGGAUCGUUGGCGGAAAGGUUUCUGAUAUUCCGCAAUCUCAAGUCGUAACAUGCAACAUGGCAAGUUCUACGGAGCUGCAAGGUGCAUUAGAAAGGUUUUGGCUAAUCGAGGAAUUUGAUUCGCACGAUCAAGGUUUCAUCGUAGAAGAGCAGGAAUGCGAACGGCAUUUUGCGGCAAACACAAGGUUUCUCACAUCUGGUGGGGUCCAAGUUUGCUUGCCAUUUAAGGAGAAUCCUCACAUGUUAGGUAAAUCUUUUGAAAUUGCCAAAUCCCGGUUUUUGCAAAAUGAGCGUAUGUUGAGCCGCAACCCGUUGUUAAAGGAGCUGUACGUUCAAUUCAUGAGGGAAUACAUAGAUUUGAAUCACAUGCAGUUGGCAUCUAAUUUCGACUCUCAGAAGACACAUUAUGUAAUCCCGCAUCAUGGAGUCCUUAGAUCUGAAAGCACAACUACCAAGCUGCGUGUUGUGUUUGAUGCAUCGUGCAAAACAACGUCGAACCUGUCUCUGAAUGAGUUGUUGAUGAUUGGCCCAAGCAUCCAGCAGAAUCUUAUCCUGACACUUCUUGCCUUUCGCUUACAUCGUCAUGCACUCGUAGCUGAUAUCUGCAAGAUGUAUCGCCAGUUUGAAGUAUCACCAGACGAUCGCAUGUAUCAACUUGUUCUCUGGAGAGAAUCCUCAGCUGCGCCUUUAGAAUUGUUUCAGCUCAACACUGUCACGUACGGCAUGUCCUGUGCACCAUUUCUAGCAAUCAGGAGCUUGAAAUAUAUUGCGGAUAACUUCUCCAAUCAGUUUCCCAUCGGAGCAUCCGUACUUCAAGAAGAUAUGUACGUCGAUGACCUCCUUACUGGAGCAGACAGUGUCGAAGAGCUUCAUCUCAAGGCUACAGAGGUCACCAGCAUACUUUCUAAGGCUGGAUUAGAGCUUGCAAAGUGGAACACAAGCAAAAUAGAAGGCAACGGAGCAGAGUUUCAAUUCAAGGUUGAUACCAAAGAUGUAUACUCUACCUACAAUCUCUGUCGUCACCAAGCGGAGCAUCGUUUCACUUGUCGCUCACCUGUACGAUUUGCUAGGGCUCGUAUCACCAGUCGUUAUUCGGUGCAAAAUUUUGGUCCAAGAGUUGUGGAUGCAUCGUCUAAACUGGGAUGA